AGUAGAAACCCUAGUAGUUGGUUCUUCCUCCGGCCGCAAGACAAAGCUGCACGAUUACUGACCUGCAUUCCGAUGUCAUCGACAACAAACAGAGAGCAGCUGAUUUCCAGGUGUGACAAGAUCAUGGCUGACUUUGAUUUUUCAAUGCAAGACAUGGCAAGAACUUCCUCGGCAUGCCCCACGCCAUGCCUUCUUCUCCAUAAGGCAGUUUCCUUUCCAUUACCACUCACAAAUUCAAUGGCCACAAUAAUCUUCAAUAGUUCCAAUCCAUGAUGAUGUUUGUGAGUGGAAGGGGUAAAUAUGACUAUCUAACUGACUUUAUUCCAGAACCAAAUUCUAAAUCUCCAGAGCAUCGAAUUUGGAGGGCUGAGAAUAACUUGGUGAUGUUGUGGCUGAUUAACUCUAUGAAGGAGCAGAUUGGUGAAUUUUUUUUCCAUGUACCUCUGCUAGCGAUAUUUGGGAGGCUGUAUUGAAACCUACUCAAGCUGUGACAACACUAUAGAGUUAUUUCACGUGGAGAGCACUCUGCAAAGUCUCCAACAAGGGAGUCCACCGUGACAACUUACUACAGCAAACUUAAUCGAUAUUGACAACAACUAGACAUGUUCGAAACUCCUGAAUGGAAGUGCACAGAGGACAAGAAUUGCUAUCGUAAGAUUGUGGAGACAAAACGUGCCUUCAAGUUCUUAAGUGGGCUCGACAAGUCGCUCGACGAAGUGCGGGGCAGAAUUCUCAACACCAAUCCGCUACCUAGCCUUAGGGAAGCAUUUGUAAAAGUGCGUCAAGAGGAGAGUCACAAGCGAAUAAUGAUGGGACAGUUCUACAUCUCAAAGGUCCCGAAUCUAGGCAAGGACUCCUAUGCUAAUUUCAAUGCAUUAGUAGUUCAAAGUCGGUCCACAAACCGCAACACUGAUGAGCCUCGAAAUGCAUGUCACGGAAGAACAGGCCUUGGUGUGAUCACUGUCAAAAGCCAGACCAUCUCAAAGAAAAAUGGGGGCAACUCCAUGGAAAGCCAGUCGACUGGAAGCUUCCUAACUGAGAGGUAUACUACAGAUGGCGGUUCUAGAGACACUCUAGAUAAUGGAACAAUCCCCGAGAAAGGUGUUUUUUCAGCGGUCGACUUUUCAACUGGUGAGGAUCCAUGGCCUAUAUUUCAGUUGCAAAAGGAAUAUAAUGCCCCUGGAAAAUCACCUCCUCUCUCAGCGGAAUUCUAUACAGGAUGGCUCACCCACUGGGGAGAGAAGAUUGCAGAAACCGAUGCCAAUUAUACUGCUGCUGCUUUAGAAAAGAUUUUAUCUAGGAAUGGUUCUGUUGUACUCUAUAUGGCUCAUGGUGGAACUAAUUUUGGAUUUUACAGUGGUGCAAACACUGGUCAGAAUGAAUCUGAUUAUAAGGCAGAUCUUACGUCCUACGAUUAUGAUGCUCCAAUCAAGGAGUCCGGUGACGUGGGCAAUCCAAAAUAUGAAGCAUUAAGGAGAGUUAUUCAGAAGUACAGUGGAGUAGUUCUGCCUCGUGCCCCUCCUGAUAAUAAAAAAUUAGGAUAUGGCCUAGUUGAUCUCCGCAAGAUUGCCUCUUUUAAUGAGGUUCUCAAUGACAUAUAUGAUUCAACCAUGGUAGUCAAAAGUGAACAUCCUAUGUCGAUGGAGACAGUUGGCCAGAUGUUUGGAUUUAUGUUGUAUGCGUCUAAAUUACCUCCGAGGAAAAGAAGUAGCAUCCUAAAAAUUCUGAAGGUGCACGAUAGAGCCCAAGUUUUUGUUUCAUGUGGUUUGGACAAAGCUGGAGGCCAUCCUAUAUACAUUGGUGUAAUUGAAAGAUGGUCGAAUAGGGAACUUCUGAUUCCCAAAAUCUCUUGUUCCUCAAAUAGCAGCUUACUUAUUCUGGUGGAAAACUUGGGUCGUCUAAAUUAUGGUCAAUACAUCUCUGAUAAGAAGGGAAUACUGUCUAAUGUUUUCAUAGAUGGCACUGCCCUUCAUGGAUGGCAGAUGUUUCCAAUUCCACUAGAUAGAUUUAGCAAUUUUACGACUGUCAACCCGAUCAAGCAAAUUUCUGAUUUGAUGACAGAGAACAUUUCCACUGGACCUGGAAUUUAUGAAGGCCAUGUCACCAUCAAUUCAGCAAAACAAAUCAAAGAUACAUUUAUUUCUUUCCGUGGUUGGAACAAGGGAAUUGCUUUUGUGAAUGACUUUAAUAUUGGAAGAUUCUGGCCUUCACUUGGACCGCAAUGCACCCUUUAUGUUCCUGCACCAUUACUUCGAGAAGGAGAAAAUAUUGUGGUCAUCUUAGAGUUACAUGCACCAAAUCCUGAUUUCACAAUCAACUUGGUGAAGAAACCAGACUUCACUUGUGGAACCAAGAGUAGAAGGAAUGAUAAUUAUCGAGAAUAAGAUUUGCUACUGAAUGUACAUACAUUAUAAUUUCAUUCUAUUGAACAUUUCCUUAUGCGUUGAUUCCCAUAACAGCCCCCAACAGUUUGUACUCUUUUGUUUUUGUAUCUAUCUAGUGAUCCAUGCUGUUCAACCUGUGAUUUUGUUAGUC